GCGUGCGUCAGUUUUGGGGUCAUGGACGCCUUUGCGGGCGCGCGCGGGCGCGUGCGUGUGAGUUAAAAUUACCCCCCCUCGAGCCAAUCCCUCCUCAAGCUGCUCAGUGCGCUGGGCAAACUUGACCGCACCGGACCUGGAAGGUGGACCUCCCUCAUGCCAGAGCGAUCAGAUGGGUGGUUAGAGGCCGAACAUAAAUGGAUUUCUCCUGGCUGCCGAACACAGGAGGUUGUUGGAGCCAACACUGAUCUACUUGCUGGAAGACGCCCAACAGCUUGGUCUUAAGACACCGGAAGAAACGUCUUGCAGCUGGCACUUUUCCACGAGUUUACUUUGGAUGAAGCCAAAAAUCUCUUUUUGAUACUCUUCUUCCAAAGGGGUCCAACCAUGGAUUGUUCUGCCAUUCGGUCAGCUGGUUGUAAUGUUUUGCUUUGACUCUGAGUUCACACUCAAUUGCCUCCAUCCAUGGUCUUGGUGGGCCCGACAGACCUAGGUGGAUUUUCACUAUUGUCAAGGAAUACGUUUGACUGUAGCCAUGGCCAGAGAUGUGCGACCUCCAGGCCUCAUGCAGUUGUUUUUCAUUCAACAGUUUGUAGGAGUCCCUCAAGGAUUUUCCCUUCCUCUACAGUCUCUGAUUCUGUCCUACUUCCUCUCCUGUGCGUCAGCGACAGGAGGUUUUACCGGUGUGGACCAUGACUACAGCAUAAGCCCCAAAUUUGUUUGCACUCCAAUUCCCCCAGAGGCAGAUCCCAGUUGCUACUCCCCUCCCGCUGUGCCACACGGGCCAAGCAGUAAUGGCCACUCCAACGGUCUCAAUGGCAGCAGCCGCCGAGCUGUUAUGUCCGACGAAGCCAAAGCCACCAUUUUGCACCUCCGCGAAAGCCUGGUCCGGCAAAAGGAGACCAUAUUGGAUCAAAGAGAAACCAUCCGGGAGCUCACAGCCAAACUGACUUUGUGUGAGGGCUUUGGUGGCCACCAUGGCAAUGGCCACCACGACAACCACCACGAUCCGCACCACGACAACCACCAUUCCCCAAAUCAUGACAAUCAUCACGACAACCACCACAGCACGCACCAUGAAACACACCACGACACGCACUAUGAUACUCACCACGACACACAUCCCGAUAAGCAUCACGAUGACCACAUCGGACAUCACAGCAGCCAUCACCCGGCCUCCUCGUACCAUGGGCCCUCGUCCCAUCACAGCAGCGACCACCACUACUCUCAUGGGGGACACCGGUUCGACCCCCACCAUAGAACAAGUUCCUCAUAUGGCAAGCACAGCUCAUUCUCCCCGGAGCAGACGGGGAAGACCCUCCAGACUCUGAAGGAGCGACUGGAAAACCUUCAGGCGAGAAACUCCUCCAGCUCCUACUCCAGUUCACUGCGCGAGCUCCUGCAGCGGAAGAUCAAGGCUCUUGAGGACCAGCUACACAGUUACUACAGAGAGCAUCGUGACAGUGGGAAGCACCACCAGGGGGAGCAUCACGACGACGACGACGACCACCACGACGACCAUCACAGCAGCGGUGGCCACUUCAACGACCAUCACGGCGAGCACCACGAUAACAGCCACCACAGCGACCACCACGAUGACCACCACGGCCCAGGUCACCAUGAUGACCACCAUGACGGGAAUCACAACGGCAACCAUCACUAUGACCGCCACCACGGCCGGCACUACGAUCACCACACCGGCUGGCCCCAUGGCCGGCAUUACGACCAUCACGACAGCCACCACAGCGACCAUCACGACGGUCAUCACGAUGACCACCAUGACGACCACCACUACGAUCACCAUGACGACCACCACUACGAUCACCAUGACGACCACCACUACGAUCACCAUGACGAUCACCACGGCGGGGAACACCACGGGCCACCCACUGGCAAAGAGACAAGGGGCCACAGCAAGCUGGACAGAGUGCUGAGCAAACUCCACCACAGCAGCUCGGACCACGGUCACGUGAAGCUGAAGAGUCCCAGUGCGUUCCUGUUGGACUUCCCCAUGAGGACCAACUACAUGUACGCCAGGAUGAAGCGCUCGGUCAUCAACGAGAUUUUCGCCUUGACCAUUUGCGUGAACCUGAAGGCGGGAUCCGGGCCCGGGCUGGGGACUCCUUUCUCCUACGCCGUUCCCGGACAAGCCAACGAGCUGGUGCUGAUCGAGUGGGGGAGUAACCCCAUGGAGCUGCUCAUCAACGACAAGGCGGUCACGUUGCCGAUCACCAUGACUGAUGGAAAGUGGCACCACGUGUGCGUAACGUGGUCGACACGCGACGGCGUUUGGGAGGCGUAUCAAGACGGGGUGAAGAAAGGUUCGGGCCAGAACCUGUCCGCCUGGCACGCCAUUAAACCUGGAGGGCUCUUCAUUUUAGGACAGGAGCAGGACACGCUGGGAGGUCGCUUCGAUGUGACGCAGUCCUUCAAUGGGGAGAUGUCCGACCUUCAGUUCUGGUCCAGAGUUUUGUCCCCGUCUGAGAUCUACAACCAAGCCACGUGUUCGGGUCACCUGGUGGGCGACGUCUUGUCGUGGCUGCAGGAAUCUGUGGAGCUCCACGGUGGACUCACCGAGCUCCCCUUUGACCCAUGUCACUAGCUCAAACAGACCAGUUUAGUUUUCCCACAUUCCAAGUUUGGAAUCUAAAGAAAAAGGAUCGAUCGAUUUCCCUUUGAGUCUGGACUUCCCGUGUCCCUGUGCGGAUCACCAGAACUUUGCAAGCUCCAGCGAGAGCUUUGGAUUAACUGGCUCUGUGCUCAUAAAAACAUAUAUAAGAGGAUUUCCUUCAACCACUGGUGUUGAAGCGGUUGCCCUUCAACCUCACCUGACCUUUCAAGCUGAAGAAGACGACACCUGCGUUUUCAUAUUGAAGGAGGAACUGCGUAGAGCGCUCUUCAGCGCCACCUGUCUGCACAAGAGUAUAGCGUUUUUAUACUAGUAUUUCAUAUUGAAAGAAAAUGCGCUUUUUUUAGACAUAUGGUAAACAAUACUGCGUUGUAAAUAUCAUUUCUUAAUAAGAAUACAGAUGUUAAAAACGGAUAUUUUAACUUGAUUUCAUGACUUUUUUUUAUGUAUUUUAAAUAUGUUUGUGAGUCCGGUUAAUUUCCUUUUUUAUGACCAAAAAUUCCAGCUUGUUCCCAUUAUGUAUGUGAAGGUGAAAUUCCAUAGAAGCUGCUUUCUAUAUUUUCUCUGUAAGAAGAUCACUUGGCAAGUCAAAGGUCACACCGUGAUGAUGUAAGAGUGACACCGUCGGACUUGGUCAGGUGGCUUACGUCAGGAUCUGACAGAUGAUCCCGACUAUUUCCGGGCCGCUCCAGACGAGUGCGCGGCCACCGUGGGCCAGAAGAUGGCGCUGCGGCAUAGAGAAGAAACAUUCGAAACACCACCGGAAUAUUUAUUUCUAUUACGUUUAUUGUUUUACCCCCCCAUCUGCCGUCCAUGUGGCAUUAAAUAACCUCGAAUUCGGUCAGAGAUCAUUUUAUUUAUGACUUUAUUGCACUGCCCCGAUUAACCUUGACAAUGACCUCAAAUGUCCAAGCAAUUUUGUUAACAUUUUGAAUGUGUUAUAUGCACUUUGGUAAGCGAGAGAACAGACUGCACUUUUUCAACUUUAGCACUUCCUUUUUUAGACCUUGUUUUUAAGAACCCAGAGUAAAACUCAACGUUGUUGCUUAGUUUUUGCCUUUGUUCCAUCGCGUGUCUCUAUUCUGCACGAGGGCCAACAUUGUGUUGAUUUGCUCUUGAAAAUACGUGUCAUAUUUGUCAGAUUUUGUAUCUUUGUAAAUGUGUAUAUUCAAAACUAGUGCCGAAAUUGACGGCAGUGUUACCUUCCAGAUCACCUGGAUUCAGCGACCACAGUGUUCAGCAAUAGGGGACGCUGCACCUCCGUGGUUGGGUGGGUGAGUCGUUCUCAGUGGAGGUCAGGAUGGAUUGUGCCUUGUCAGCAAUCCAGUUAUCAUGGACAGGAUUCUGAGGCGCAGACAAGGAGACUAUGAGGGUUUUUUUUGUGGAAAUAGAGCUGCUUUAUAUUUUAAAAAAAGUGUUUUAUUUAAUCUGGUCAUGGUAUAUUUCAUAUCCAUGGAUAUCAUUUGGGUGGAUAUGCAUAGUUUCCACUGCCAGGGUUCGAUCACCAAGUGAAUUGAGGCCCUGAAAUGUUUUCUUAGACGGUACUAAAAGCAUGAAUGUUUCGCUUCUGUUUCGCCUUCUAGUUCAUGUGUCCUGCUGUAAAUAUCAAAGACCGUGUGUUGAAUCACCUCGCCCUUUGUUUACCUUCCCUCAUGUUCAAGCCAAAACUGUUCACUCCAAUGGAAAAAUGAAAUAAAAUUCAUUUCAAACUCUG